UCAUCUGCCAUCAUCGGGUUCUCCUGUCGACCCAAAAAAAACAACAAACCCUAGUGUUCCGUCCAAAUUUCCGAACAAAUUCGCCGGAUCUGAAAUUCGAAUCGCAGUUUUUGGGAACGCGUAAAUUCUGAUUUCAAGAUGUUUCUAUCGCCUGGCCACUCUCCACGACAGAUAUCUUCUCCGACGCCGUCUUCUUAUUCAGAUGAUGGUCUCCGUUCGACGCCUCGCAGCUCCUCCUCGGAGAUCACUCCUCGGAACCCCAGAAAGCGGAUGAGAGUCCUCGAUGAGGACGCGUAUGUUGAAGCUAUCGAGAAGAUCAUCGAGCGCGAUUACUUUCCGGAUAUAUCCAAGCUUAGGGACCGGCUAGAUUGGAUCCAGGCGGUGAAAACCCGUGACCCGAUUCAGAUCCGAGAUGCCCAGUUGAAGAUUAUCGAGAGGCGCGGAAAGAAGGCGGCGAAUCAUCAUCCUGGGGACACCGAGGGUAAAACUCAAACCCCUGGAUCUACUUUUCUGAGAAAUUUUACUCCUUUGGAUGAGUUUGAUGGUAAGACCCCUAGAACUCCUGGAGUCUCUGGUAGAGAGUUACCUGGCGGUGGUGCUGAUGAUGGAGACGGAGGUGUAGAUGUCGAUAUGUCCUUAGAUGAGUUCUUUAGGAGAUAUACAAGUGAGGAUAAUGAUAGCUUUUCGAAGAUUUUGGAGAAGGUGAAUAGGAAGAAGAAGGAGAAGUAUGGCUAUCUACUUGGAGGUGAAAAGGAGGAUGGUAAUCUGAUUGAGGAUGCAAAGAGAGACAGGAUUACAGAUGGGUAUGGUACAUCUUAUCAGCCACCGAGCACUUUACAAGGAUGGAAAUAUACAGCGAAGAAUCUUCUGAUGUAUCAUCCAGCUGAUCGUGGUGAGGCACCCUUAACCGAAGAGGAAAGGGCGGUGAGGCUACUUGGAUUGACAAAGGAGAUAGUUAAAGGGAACACUCGUUUUCAUGGCAAGACAAUGGAUUCUAGGCCGAGAGAAGAUGGUUCAGUCGAGAUUCUCUACACUCCAAUCGCAGGCUCUUCCCCAAUGCAUAUCUCAGGUAGGGACAGAGACAAAUCUAAGAGGUAUGAUCUGGACGAUCUAAGGAAAACUCCGAAUCCUUUCUAUGUGGAAUCAGACAAAAGGGCAGAUAACGGGUAUAGUUUUGUUAGAACGCCAUCCCCUGCACCUGGUCUUGAUGAAUCACCUUUUAUAACUUGGGGUGAGAUCGAAGGGACACCAAUGAGAUUAGAUCUUGAGGAUACACCCAUUGAUAUUGGUGGUAGUGCUGAUGGACCGCACUACAACAUUCCAUCUGCACCUCCAAGAGACGUAAGGGCACAUUCUUUAUCAAGGGAUGCCUCGCGAAAACUGAGAGAGAGAUCAAACAGUAUGUUUAAGAAACCUCCGUUGCCUUCUCCUCAUCGAAGUGGAAGUGCAAGUCCAAAUGUUAGGACACUUUCACCUGCUGCUCAGAAGUUUUUCAGACGGGCAAUAGCGAAAUCGUCCUCUACUGUUGAUGAGAGCCUCCGGGCAAGUUAUCGAGGAGCGAGCCCUGGUGCUGUGACUCCUAAGAGUGUAAGAAGUGUAUCCCGAUUUGGCAAAGAUAGGAGUACCGCGGAUUCAAGGUCGCCUUGAGUUAGUGCAGAUGGUUAAGGAUGUGGAGGUUCUUUAAAAAAGUUAUGAGUCUUUGAGGCUAUGUUCUGUGUAAUGAUUAAAAAUGUAAAGAAAACCCCAUUAUCUACUUAUGUUUUUAGUUGAAGAAUAUGUUAUAUUUU